CCCAGAAACACGGGUCAUACAGAAACUCUGCGUGAUCUCGUUCACUGUUUUCUGACAUCCAUUCACCACCGGCUUCUCGGUGUUGGCAAGAAACAUCCGAACUCAUCUAACCGGAACCACCGCCUCCGUCGGGAACAUGAUACCUUGAUAUAUCGAAAAUACUGUGGGAUGGGAGCUUUUCAGCUUCCCGAUAGCGUUCUGGGAGAUGCCGCUGGAUGCAUCGUCUACUCGUUCAUCUGCCUGAUCGCGAAUAGCAUCUUAAUAUGGCUGGUUUGUACGCAUAAUGAGACGAGAAGCUAUACCGCUUUUAUUGCAUACUUCACCCUACUCGGUACCUUCUCCAGUAUUGUCCAGCAGUUCUAUGAUUAUGCUUUUUGGAGGGAUAUAAUGAUACAACAGUAUUAUUAUGGAAAGGAGUACUCCGAGAAUGCUGAAGUCCAGUAUCAAAAGGGUAUUUUUGGCCUCAAACUAGGACUGUCAUAUAUUCGAAUCUUUGCCUUCACGGUAGAAUCCACGCUGGUUUUCUUCUUCGCAUUCUCUGUAGCAUCAUCCUUGUAUGGCUGGUGGGCGAAGAAGCCGAAAACUCUACGCAUCAUCUCAAUUAUCGGGCGAAUCCUUCCGAUCGUUUUAGCAGUACUCACUAUCGGUAUUCUUCAGGCAAAAGUAGUCCAACUUCACUUCUUCGUCUACUUGUUUGUCGCCAACCUCCAAUCUCUACUUAGUCUUGCUGGCGCAUGCGUUCUAUUUCUCAUGGUUCUCUACAAAUAUAUGCAGGCUCGAUGGCAACUCAAACUUUGGGGCGGUGUCUCCUAUGGCACUGGCGGCGCGUCAACCAACGCAUCCAGUGGCUUCAGAAAAAGCAGUGUCACGUUUCGCGCCACACCCAACCGGAAGAAACAUGCAGAUGGCUCUUUCGACAAUUGGCUCGUUAUUCGACUUGGAAUUGCAUUUGUGAUGCUCUGUGUCUUUCAGUAUUAUAGCAUUGCACCACGUUUCGCGGCGAAGGGUCACGUUGUAGAAAGCGCUAUGCGACCCACACCCGAUCUUUCCAGGAAGCGCGCUCUUUCCUCCGUCCGGGGCUACCUAACAGGCGUCUCACCUAGUAUGCUCGCUUUUGUAGUUUUCGGCACUACGAGGGCCUUUCAACGGAAAAUGUACACAACAUUCGUGCCUCUUUGUCUCCGCAGAAACAAGGGCAUUAUCGAGCCCAAUGAACUUCCCUUUUCCCAUAACAGCAGCCACUCUAGGAAUUCCACACUACGUCCGGAGUCGAGAAGUAUCCCCGCACGAGCUUCGAUGACCUCAUUCUCUCAAAACAACCCAGCGCCAUCGAUCAGGAGACCCGAAACAGCGGCUCGUCUCUCACCAAUUCCCGACGACCCGCAAGAAGUUCAUGACGACGACAUCGACGACUAUUCUACCUAUCUACGGCAAAGCCAAAUUGGCCUAGAGCUCAACAGGUUUUCGACACAGCAGGACCGGCGCCCACCCUCGCGUCAUGGAAAUUAUCCCACCCAACCCAAUUCGACUUUUUACCACUCGCGCAGCUCCAGCUCGCCUGCUCGUCGGAGUAGCUCGACGCCAGCGAUCAGCAGCUUCCACAGAAACAAGAGCCACUCCAUCAGUCACAAUAUGCUUCUCUCCCGACCGCAGAGCCGCUCGUCUACCGUCACUGAUAGCACUCUGUUUAGUUUCCAGCCAACGUUCUUCAGGAGUGAUGCAUCACACAACGACGGUGAAUCGCUACCGCCUUUUCCGGAUUAUAGUCGACCUAGUAGCGCGGCUUGGGGUGUUGCGAUACAGGAGACGCCUGAGUUUGAACUGCCUGCGCCGCGAUUCAACGAUCUGGAACAGAGGGGCAGAUCGCAUUCGACUGGAUCUUGGUUAGACCUAAGUAAAUGA